AUGGCCCCAGUAUACCCAAAGUUUGACGUCAUCAAGUCUGGACACCUGGAUGUGUCUUCAGUCCACUCCAUCUACUGGGAAGAGUGCGGUGCGCCCUCGGGCGUACCCAUCAUCUACCUCCAUGGCGGACCGGGUGGUGGCAUCGAGAACUCGGACAGACUGUACUUUGACCCCGCCCACUACCGCAGCAUCCUCUUUGACCAGCGCGGAUCCGGACGAUCGACGCCCCAUGCGUCGCUCGAGGAGAACACGACCUGGCACCUGGUAGCAGACAUUGAGAAGCUGCGCGAGCACCUCGGCGUCGACCGCUGGAUCGUCUUUGGCGGCUCCUGGGGCUCGACUCUCUCGCUCGCCUAUGCCGAGGCGCACCCGGAUCGCUGCCUGGGUCUGAUCCUCCGCGGCAUCUUCACCCUGCGCCGCGAGGAGCUCUUGUUCUACUACCAGCAGGGCGCCAACUUUUUGUUCCCAGACUAUUUUGAGCACUACAAGUCUGUGAUUCCCGAGGAGGAGCGCGGUGAUAUGAUGGGCGCUUUCUACAAGAGGCUCACUGGUGACAAUCAGGAGGAGAAGCUCAAGUGCGCCGAUGCUUGGAGUCGAUGGGAAGUGUCGACAAGCAAGCUCAUUGUUGAUCCAUCAUACAUUGCCAAGGCAGAAGAUCCAAAAUGGGCAUUGGCAUUCGCACGCAUCGAGUGUCACUUUUUCGUCAACGGCGGCUGGAUGAAGGACGGCCAACUCAUUGAUGAUGCUCACAAGAUCAAGCACCUUCCCAUUGUCAUUGUCCAGGGCCGCUACGAUGUGGUCUGCCCGGCCAAGACGAGCUGGGACUUGUACCAGGCCCUCGGCGGAAAGGACAAUAGCAAUGUCGAGUACAAAAUUAUUGGGGAUGCUGGCCACAGUGCUCACGAAGCGACAAUUGAGGAGGCCCUGGUGGACGCGGCUGAAAAGUUCAAGUCUAUCAAGGCAUGA